GAAAAUUGAAACCAUACAACAUUCUCAACAUUCUCCUAAAAAGACUCAAAACUUCUAGUGAUCACCACAAUAAAAAGCGCAAACAUAUACACUAUUUGCCAUUAGCCAUUACCCAUCCUCCAAUGGCGACAAUGGGCUACGCAGAAAUUCUACUAGCCCUUCUCUGCUUUCUCGUCCUCCGCCUCCGCGUCCCAAAGAAGGCGUCGCCUUCGCGGCGGUCGCCGAUGACCAACUGGCCGAUCGUCGGCAUGCUCCCGGGCCUCCUCCACAACGCCCACCACAUGCUCGACUUCGCGACGCGCGUGCUCAAACAGAGCGGCUGCACGUUCGAGAUCAAAGGCCCCAGCUUCGCCAGCAUGGACAUGGUCAUCACCAGCGACCCCGCCAACGCCCAGUACAUCUCCGGCAAGAACUUCUCCAAUUUCCCCAAAGGGCCUCAGUACAAAAUGAUCUUCGACGUUUUGGGAGACGGGAUUUUCAAUUCCGACUCGGAGUCGUGGAAAUCCCAGAGACGAAUCACGCACUCCCUCAUCAAACACUUCAGGUUCCAGCAGUUCUUGGAGAAAACCACUUGGAGAAUGGUGGAGAAUGGGCUAAUGCCAGUUCUUGAUCACGUCUGCGAGCGCGGAAUUGUGGUUGACAUGCAGGAUUUGUUCCAGAGACUCACUUUCGAUAGCAUUUGCGUGCUCGUUUUAGGCUUCGACCCCGGCUGCCUCUCCGUAAAAUUCCCCGAGGUUCCGUUCGCGAAGGCGUUCGACGAAAUGGAGGAAGUCUUGUUUCGCCGCUACAUUGUCCCGGAAACAUUCUGGAAGUUGCAGAAAUGGCUUCAGGUCGGAGAAGAGAAGAAGAUGUCCAAAGCGUAUGAGACCGUAGAAAGCUUCAUAACUCAAUGCAUCUCUUUGAAACGAGAAGAAUUCUUCAAGAGAAGCAAAGCACAAAAAGAAGAAAAUGAAGAAAAAGAAGAAGAAGAAGAAGAAGAAGAAGAGGAAGAGUUCAACUUGUUGAAAGCUUACAUGAACCAAGAGCAACAGCAAAACCUUCAGCAAAAAACAGACGACUCCUUCCUCAGGGACACUGCGUUCAACCUCAUGGCUGCGGGAAGGGACACCAUCAGCGCUGCCCUAUCCUGGUUCGUCUACCUCCUCGCGAUGAACCCUUCGGCCCGGGACAAAAUCCGAGACGAAAUCGGAGCAAACUUGGACCGAGACAAUAAAAAAUGUACGCGCUUCAGCACCGAGGCACUCGGGAAAAUGGUCUACCUCCACGGGGCCUUGUGCGAGACGCUGAGGCUGUUUCCACCGGUUCCGAUCUUGCAGAAGGCUGCGGCGCAGCCUGAUGUUCUCCCGAGCGGGCACCGCCUCGACACGAACGCGAAGAUCUUGGUGAUGCUGUACUCGAUGGGAAGGAUGGAGGAGAUAUGGGGGGAGGACUGUUUGGAGUUCAAGCCAGAGAGGUGGGUGUUGGAGGGAGGAGGGAUCAAGCAUGAGCCAUCUUACAAGUUCAUAGCGUUCAAUGCAGGGCCAAGGAGUUGUAUUGGUAAGGAGAUAUCUUUUCUUCAGAUGAAGGCAAUCGCAACUGUGAUUGCUUAUAAUUAUGAGGUUGAGCUUGUGGAAGGUCACCCUGUUUCAAUAAGCAAUUCUGUCAUUCUUCAUAUGAAACAUGGAUUGAAGGUUAGGCUUGCCAGAAGAUGUGCUUGAAGAAAUAAGGGAGUUGAUGAUGAUCAUAGUCAUUGAGAUAUGGUAUAUAUGGUUUUUUAUGUUUUGAUUUGUGAUAUUAAUUUUGUUGAUCUCUUAUGAUAAAUAAAUGUAUAAAUUGCAGUAUUUCAUAUAAAAUUGCCUAUUCCAAAA